ACAAAAAACAAUUAGUUUUUGUUCAACAACUUAAGGCAGGUCUCCCACAACAACACCAUGGACAUGAAGAAGAUCUCUUGCGCUGUCAUCUUUGCCGCCGCCUCUAUGAGCACAGUCAUGGCAGCCGGCGUAGCAGCACAAGCGGCCACCCCAAGUUCAGCCCCAGGUGCCUCCCCAGUUGACCACUCAUUGGGUGGCGCCGCACCAGCUUCCGCACCAGGCCCUGAAGACAGCGUUGCAAUCUGCACCUUGCCUGCUCUUGGGUCCUUGGUUGGAGCCUUCCUUGUGUCUUUCUUUGCUUAAAUAUAUAAAUUGUAUAUGAUAAAAAAAUAUUAUAUAUAUGUAUUGGAGAGCUCAAAUUCGAUUACUUGUGUUG